AUGGCGGGGCGGCGGGCCGGAGCCGGGGCGCUGCUGGCGCUGCGGGUGCUGCUGGCGCUGCGGGCGCUUCGGACCGCCGCGCACCCGCAGUGCCUGGACUUCAGGCCGCCCUUCCGGCCGCCGGAGCCCCUGCGCUUCUGCGCGCAGUACUCGGCCUUCGGCUGCUGCGCGCCCGAGCACGACGCGGCGUUGGCGCAGCGCUUCGGGGCCCUGGCUGCCCGCGUGGACGCCGCCGUGUGGGCCGCGUGCGCCGGCUACGCGCUCGACCUGCUGUGCCAGGAGUGCUCGCCCUACGCAGCUCACCUGUACGAUGCUGAGGACCCAUCCACGCCGCUGCGCACGCUGCCCGGGCUCUGUGAGGACUACUGCCUGGACAUGUGGCUCACCUGCCGGGGCCUGUUCCGCCACCUGUCGCCCGACCCUGAGCUCUGGGCGCUUGAGGACAACCGGGCCAAGUUCUGCCGCCACAUGGCCCUGGAUGAUGUGGACUACUGCUUCCCCCACCUGCUGGUCAACCCGAACCUCAACUCCAACCUGGGCCGCGUGGUAGCUGACGCCCGUGGCUGCUUACAGCUGUGCCUGGAGGAGGUGGCCAAUGGGCUGCGUAAUCCCGUAGCCAUGGUGCACGCACAGGAUGGUACCCACCGCUUCUUUGUGGCCGAGCAGGUGGGGCUGGUGUGGACCUACCUGCCCGAUGGCACACGCCUCGAGACGCCCUUCCUGAAUGUUAGCCGAGCAGUGCUCACCUCGCCAUGGGAGGGCGACGAGCGGGGCUUCCUGGGCCUCGCCUUCCACCCCCGCUUCCGACUCAACGGCAAGCUCUACGUCUACUACUCGGUGGGCGUGGACUACCACGAGUGGAUCCGCAUCAGCGAGUUUCAGAUCUCCAAGGACGACCAGAACACUGUGGAUCACCGCUCCGAAAGGAUAAUCCUGGAGAUUGAGGAACCGGCCUCCAACCACAACGGGGGCCAGCUGCUUUUUGGGGACGACGGGAACCUCUAUGUCUUCACCGGAGAUGGCGGGAUGGCCGGUGAUCCCUUUGGGACGUUUGGAAAUGCCCAAAACAAGUCGGCGCUACUGGGCAAGGUGCUGCGCAUCGACGUGGAACAUAACGAGCACGGCCCGCUCUACCGCAUCCCACCCGACAACCCUUUCGUGGGCGACCCCACCGCGCGGCCCGAGGUCUACGCCCUGGGCGUUCGCAACAUGUGGCGCUGCUCCUUCGACCGCGGCGACCCGGUGACAGGCGCGGGCCGCGGGCGCCUGUUCUGCGGCGACGUGGGCCAGAACAAGUUCGAGGAGGUGGACCUGGUAGAGCGCGGCGGCAACUACGGCUGGCGCGCCAAAGAGGGCUUCGAGUGCUAUGACCGCAAGCUGUGCGCCAACGCCUCGCUCGAUGACGUACUGCCCAUCUUUGCCUACCCACACAAGCUGGGCAAGUCUGUCACCGGCGGCUAUGUGUACCGAGGCUGUGAGUACCCCAACUUGAAUGGCCUCUACAUUUUUGGUGAUUUCAUGAGCGGACGGCUGAUGUCCCUCCGAGAGAAUGAGGGGACAGGCCAGUGGCAGUACAGUGAGAUCUGCAUGGGCCGUGGCCAGACCUGCGCCUUCCCAGGCCUCAUCAACAACUACUACCCACACAUCAUCUCCUUCGCUGAGGAUGAAGCCGGGGAGCUAUACUUCAUGUCGACUGGCGUGCCUAGUGCCACAGCUGCCCGGGGAGUUAUCUACAAAGUCAUCGACCCCUCUAGGUAAGUCC